CGUUGUGUUAACACAUCGUAGUGAUAAUUUAAUUUUUGGAAGGAAAUGGACUAAUAAUGCCAUCGGCAACAGUAGGGUUAUGAGGGAUAAGAUCGGCUCUAUGAAAACGCAGGGUAGGCGACGGGAAGAAUACUGUGUUCGUGGCCUGGCAGGGUGUGCAAUUUUUUAUGGUUCAGGUUACUUUUUAAACAAUUUGAUUGGUGCAGUCUAUGUUAACAAAUCACUAGAUACUGUAAAAUUGUCAUACAUUGAUUUCUGGGGACAGAGAAUGAACAUGGAAUGCCCAAUAAAUGACAUUGUCCCUCUCUCUGAUCAGCCCAUCGAAAAGAAAUUAUUUAAGAUGACAAAGGUAGAGCUUCAUUCUUCACCUCAAAAAUUGAAGAUUGCCACUGAACAUGGUGUAAUUCUCCUGAAUCGUGCUUUUGAUAAUGUCUUUUUUAGAGUUAACUCUAAUAUUCAGAAGAAUUCUCAACAUCAAGAAAAAUAAAUUGAUUAAAUUUUAACAUUAAUGACACACCACCCUAAGAAUUCCCCUCAUAAUAUUUAAGAAUAAACAGAAACCAGUUUUGGUUUUAACAAAACUUGUUUAACAAAUCUGAGGACUGUUAAAUUAUUUUGUUCUAGAACAUGUAAGAACCUUAGAUAUUUUCAUAUACUGUUUAUUUAUUAUUUUGAACUGUUAUGUACAAUUAUAUCAUCUAUUGAGAGAAACUUUUUGUAGUGAAGACUCCAAAAUAAAGAAGUUUGUUACAUUACAAGAAAAUGUAUGUUCAACAUAGUUCUUUUGAAUAAUUAAAUUUUCUUUCCUUUGUUGUUCUGGCAAAUAUAAAUUAACUUAUUUUUUUCUGUUGACCAUUGCCCAUUGAUGUAUGUUUAAGCAAGACUUUUCCUACCUCAUCUUCAAUUGGUGGGGUGUGGAGUUCCUACCUCAUCUUCAAUGUUUGUAAUCUUAAAAAUAAAAACUGGAUUUUAGUUAAUGAAAAUUUGCUUGUAAAUGUGUAUAGUUGCAAAUCUGAAGAACAGGCUUAGCAUAUUAAUGUGUAAUAUAAAUCUACAUUUUUUACUUAAUAAUACUGAAAAUUAUUUACAUUGGCAAUUUUUAUGUAUAUAAUUAAUAAUAAUAUAUAGUAAUACAAUAUGUAAUAAUAUAAAGGUGAAAAAAGGAUUAAUUGUGAACUUCUGCUGUGAGAAUAUUAACUUUUAAGCACAUGAAGUGUCAAUGAAAACACAAAACACUUUCAGUCUCCACUUAAUUACAUUAAACUCAUACUCUUUGGCAUAUAUUUUUAUCUGACAUGUUGAUGCAUACAAUUCUCAGUAUGUAGUGCUUCAAAAUGUAUACUUUCUUGUACUGUAAGGGUUGCUUAAAGUUCUAAAUGGAACUUAUGGAGUGCUUUUAUUUCAACCACCUUUGCAAAUCUUUUUUUCAUUGCACUGCAACAACAGCACAUUAUGUCUUUUUCUUAACAUGUAA